CACAGGGAGCGCAUCUACAUCAUGGGCCGCAAGAUUGACCAGUUCAGCCGAUCAGUACCCCUCACUGACGCGGAGACGAUCCAGAUCGCGAAGAAGAAGCUCAGGGACUUCCUCGACGUGGACGAGCCCCCCUACGAUGAGGAGCAGCUCUCCGAGAAUCAGAUGGCGGCCUUGCAGUGGUGUCGUGAACGCGUCGAGGAGCGCCGCGACGAAUGUCCAGAGUGGACGGUUGCAGUCUUCGACCUGUCACGCGCGCCAGGACGGGUCUACAAACCAACAUGCAGGCUGGAUGACAAGGUCAUGACGCUGACGACCAGGAACGGGAGAUGCAUAUGGAUCCAAGGAGUGUCCAAGAAGUUGCCCUCCUUCGACCGCUUCCUGCUUCCAAAGGAGAGGGCGGCCUUGCAGGGCAUCGAACCAUGGAUCGUGGACCGCCUCCCUGGGCUGUGCUCGCAGUACACAGCGACAGGCAACGCUAUGAGCCUGCCGCGCGUCGGCUUAUGCCUCGCUUGCAUGUUGGAGGAUAUCCAACACCCUGGCACAUAUAAGUAA